CUUUAAGGAUCUACCGGAAGAGUGUCAGCAGCACAGGCUGAUGCCUGACGUCAGGGAGUCGCGUUGGAAGCAGGUGGAGCGAAUGCCUACAGUGUAUGAAGCUAAAGGAGUGAAUUAUAGUCGGCUGAAUGGCAGAGGGCUCGUCAGAGCCACCUGAGCGCCUUCCUGUGAGGGGUCCUGAGGAUCGGGACCAUAGUUUUAGUGGGUUGAGGCGAGGCCGGUCCAGGCGGAAUUACCCAGAAACCAAUAACAGCUCUUACGACGGUCACCCCAGACAUCACGGUUACUCUCAACAGCGUCCUAAACAACCCCGUGAUCAUGACCCUGCCAGCCUUCGAACCCAAACCCCCCCACCGGCCCACCAAGUAGAAGAUGGUGGCUGGGCCCAGGGAGGGGCUGGAGGUCGGGGUGGUAGAGGUAUGGGAAGAGGUGGAUCCAGACAUGGCGGAGGUCCUGCUGGCCAAAGGUGGCCGAGGUCUGGAGGGGAACCUGGUACAUACAGGGGAACCAGCACUAGGGGUGCUGGUUACACUAGGUCAGACCCUGUAGACAGGCCUGAUGAAGGGGAGGCUCGCUGGCGCAGAGAGGAGGGAACCAGAGGAUCGGCACGCGCCAACGAACCCCCAAACAGCAGACCAAAACGAUCCGGUAGGUUUUCCCAGGAGCAGAGAGGAGGAAGAGGAGAGUCGGAGGACAAGAGGGGGGAAGAGGCGCAUUUCAGACGGAACCAGGAAAACCAGGGUUACAAUAGGAACCAGGAUGAGAACCACGGCAACCAGGAUAGACAGCAGUGGAACCACGGCAACUCUGAGAGACGACGGAACCAUGGCUCCGAUGACGGGCAGUGGAACCACGGAAACGAGGAUCGACGAUGGAACCAUGGAAACGAGGAUCGACGAUGGAGCCAGGAAGACAAGGAUACAGCCGAAGGCUUGGGCUCUGCCGUCACCAAAGGGAAGAACUACCACUCAGACCAGCGGGAGAGAACCCAGAAGAGCCGGAAAGGUCCUGAGCAGAGCGUCCAUCGCCUUCUUCCUCUCCAGCAGAACCUCCAAUCCCAGGGCCCCCCCCCCCGCCGCUCGGGCCCCAUCAAGCCCCCCCAGGCUCAGAGGGAGGACGGCAGGGCGGAGAGGAGGGAAGGCAGCCCGGAAGACCCAGGGCGCCCCAAGCCCCCCCAGGCAGAGGAGAGAAAGGAUAGGGACAGAGGGCAGCGGAGAGCCCCCCAGCGGGACCAGAAGCCGGCCCAGGAGAGGUGGGACAACACGUCCAAGAGCAAGGAGUCUCAGACCGGUUGUCUGAUAGAGCAGCUCUCCCAGGAGAAGUACGAGUGCAUGGUGUGCUGUGAUGUGAUCCGCCUCAUGUCGCCGGUGUGGAGCUGCCAUGGCUGCUACCACGUCUUCCACCUCAACUGCAUCAAGAAGUGGGCCAGGUCCCCUGCCUCUCAGGCUGAAGACUCGACGGAAGGCUGGCGCUGUCCUGCGUGCCAGAACGUAGCUCCGAAGCAGCCUGCGUCCUACAUCUGCUUCUGUGGUAAAGUGACCAAUCCCGAGUGGCAGCGUAGUGAGAUUCCCCACAGCUGUGGAGACCUAUGUGGGAAGAAGAGGACCGGAGCCGACUGCCCCCACUCCUGUAACAUCUUGUGUCACCCUGGUCCGUGUCCACAGUGCCCAGCGUUUGUAACCAAGUCCUGCCUCUGUGGGAAAACCAGCCAGCCAGUGCGCUGUGGCCAGGCCGCGGUGCUGCAGUGUACCAGCGUGUGCGGUGCCAUCCUCAACUGUACCCAACACACCUGUGCCCAGGUGUGCCACGCAGGCACCUGCCAACCCUGCCAGCUGGAGGUCCAGCAAGUGUGCUACUGUGGAGCGGUGGAGCGGCAGGUUCUCUGUGGGACGGACAGGGAUGCUUCCGAUGGCACCGGACACUUCAGCUGUCAGAAGACCUGUGGGAAGACCCUGGGCUGUGCGCUCCACCAGUGCCAGCAGCCGUGCCACCCUGGGGCCUGCCAGGCCUGUCCCCGCUCCCCCAGCCUGGUGAAGAGCUGCCCCUGUGGGCAGACCCCCCUGGCUAAGCUCCUGGAGCUGGGCUACGCUGAGCGCCACACCUGCACCGACCCCAUACCCUCCUGUGGGAAGAGCUGCAGCAAACCCCUGCCCUGCGGAUCCAACGGUGAGACCAGACAGACGGACACAGACAUCAUCCAUAUGUGCGAGGCCCUGUGCCAUGAGGGGCCGUGUGGCCCCUGCUCCCUCUCCUCCUCCAUCAGGUGUCGCUGCGGCUCCAAGGCCAAGGAAGUCCCGUGUGCAACGAUUUCCAAAGAAGAGCAGCUCAUAUUCACCUGUGAGAAGCGCUGCAUGAAGAAGCGGGCCUGUGGAAGACACAAAUGCAACGAUUUGUGUUGUGUGAGCGUGGACCACAGGUGUCCCCAGAUCUGCAGUCACAAACUUGGCUGUGGCCUCCACCGCUGCCAGGAACCCUGUCACCGUGGCAACUGUGACCCCUGCUGGCAGGCCAGUUUUGAGGAGCUGGCAUGCCACUGUGGACAGACCAUCCUGUACCCGCCUAUAGCCUGUGGGACUCUUCCCCCAGAGUGUAAGAACCUUUGCACCCGGAGGCACGAGUGUGAGCACCAAGUGUUCCACAACUGCCACAGUGAGGAGCGUUGUCCGCCCUGCACCUACCUCACCCAGAAGUGGUGCAUGGGGAAACACGAGCAACGCAGCAACAUCGCGUGCCACCUGCAGGACAUCUCGUGUGGGCUGGCCUGCAACAAGACGCUGCCCUGCCAGAUGCACCAGUGCAGGCGCAUCUGUCACCGUGGCGACUGUCUGGUGGACGGGGGCUGCAGCCAGCCCUGUGCCAUCGCACGGUCCGACUGCGGACACCCCUGCGCCGCCCCCUGCCACACAGGAAGCAGCUGCCCCCGCAACCCCUGCACCACCAAGGUGGCGCUGCAGUGCGAGUGUAGUCGCAGAAAGGAGACUGUGAUGUGUCCUGAGGCAGCCAGUUCCUAUCAGAGGUAUGCAGCCAUUGCCAUGGCCAGCAAGCUGUCUGACAUGCAGCUGGGGGAGUCGGUGGACAUCGGCCAGUUCAUCACCAAGAAGGAGAUGAAGCAGACCAGACUGGAGUGUGACCUAGAGUGCGCUACGUUUGAGCGGAACAGACGAUUGGCCGAGGCUCUGCAGAUUGACACCUCCGCCGACCCCUUCAACACCCGCUCCGCCUCCAAGUACACGGACAGCCUCAAGGAAGACGCAAGGAAGGAGCUGAAGUUUGUAAGCGACGUGGAGAAGGAGGUGAAGAACCUUGUGGAACUGGCUAACAAGAGCAAGCAGCCAAAGAGGAGCCACAGCUUCCAGCCCAUGAAGCGCGAGCACAGGAAGUUGGUCCACGAGCUGGCGGAGGCGUACGGCGUGGAGAGCGUCAGCUACGACAGUGAACCCAAACGUAACGUUGUCAUCACCGCCUACAAGGGGAAGGCCUCAUGCCCCGCCUCCACACUGACAUCACUCAUCGAGAGGGAGGGCGGCACCAGAGCCCCACCCCCUAUUGCCCACAUCAAACAACACAGCAGCAGGGCGGAGAGCUCUGCAGGCAGCUGGUCCAAGACCGUGAAGGAGGAACCGGUCAUCGAUUACUUUGAUGUCCAGGAUUAAAACGCCAACCUCACCCGGACCCGGUCGGCCCCCUCACCUGAACUAUGUCGCUGGGACUCCCAAUGAAACCCCCCUGUGUAUACGGCUGGGGUCGCCCAUCUCCCCACAGACACACACAGGGACCCAGGGUACCCUGUGGUGCUGAAGACCGCACUACAGGAGGCUGUGGUCGUUCAUCAUGCUUAACGAGUUUUAUUAUAACAAUAAUAAAGCAUUCGUUUUGUAUGGCUCUUCUCACCAGGACCCAAGGUGCUUUACGUGUGGAGUACACAGAGCAAGAAUACAAUAAAGUGAAAUACAGUGAGA